AUGGUGAGGGAGCCUUCAAUCGCUUUAAAAACAAUUAUACCCUUUUCGGACAACCGACAAAAAAAAAGGAGUUCUGAUUGUGACGACGAAGUACCAUUAAUUAUUCAAGAAGACUGGCCAGAGGAAAGCUCCUCCUCCUCCUCAAGGCAUCGACGACGUAAUCCACCAGUAUCUUCAUCUGAUGUUCCUCUAAAUAUGAGAGCGCCAACCUCAAAAUCAAGGACAAUUUCAUUCCAUGUUUCAAAUAAAGUAAAAAAGAAAUUUCCACCAAAUGUUAUCCGUUAUCUCUUUACGUAUUUUGGUCCGUUAUGUUUUGUUAUUCUUGUUACAAUGGGGAAAGAGGCAUAUGAUGAUUGGAAAAGAUAUAAAAGAGACCAAGAAAAUAAUUCUCAAAAAUAUCAGAUACUAACAAGGGAAAACGGUGUAAAAAAUGUUCCAAGUUCAAAGCUUCGAGUCGGUGACUUGGUUCCUGCUGAUAUAAUAUUACUUCGUACAACUGAAGCGAGCGGUGCUUGUUUCAUAAGGACUGACCAAUUGGAUGGUGAAACUGACUGGAAAUUGAGACUUGCUGUUCCAUAUUGUCAAAAGCUACAUUCCGAUGAAAGUUUAUUAUCAGUUGACGCUGAAAUAUAUGCUGAUCCUCCGGCAAAAGAUAUUCAUAACUUUAUUGGUAAUUUUUCGAGACAGUCACCUGGCAAUGUACCUCAAAUUGAACCACUUAAUGUAGAAAAUACUUUAUGGAUGAAUACAGUACUUGCGUCUGGCACUGCUAUCGGUUUUGUGAUAUAUACGGGCAAAGAUACACGAGCAGUAAUGAAUACCAGCCAUCCAGAGACAAAAACUGGGUUAUUGGAUGUAGAAAUUAAUAAUCUUUCUAAGGUCAUUAAAAUUCUUUUUGUUGUAACUUUGAUAUUAUCUAUAUUGUUGAUCGCGUUAAAUGGUUUUCGUGGUCUCUGUUUACGUGUCAAUUUAGAUAUGGGAAAAUCUGUUUAUGCAUAUCAAUUUAUGAAUGAUAAAGAAAUACCAAAUACAAUUGUUCGUACCAGUACGAUACCUGAAGAACUAGGUCGAAUCGAAUAUCUUUUAUCUGACAAAACCGGUACUCUUACAAAAAAUGAUAUGGAACUUAAAAAGCUUCAUAUGGGAACAAUGGCAUUCAAUUAUGAAUCAUGGGAUGAAGUUAGGACUCAUCUAGCAAGUGCGUUCGGAAAAUCAAAAGCUGGUCCUUCUACAUCUAUGACCGGUGGAAAGGGUCGCAGAGACAUGUCUUUUAGAGUCAAGGAUAUUAUACUUGCACUUGCACUAUGCCAUAAUGUUACACCGGUUAUUGAUUCAGAAACUGAUGAAAUCACAUACCAAGCAUCUUCUCCAGAUGAAGUUGCUAUUGUUCGUUUGACUGAACACGUUGGACUCACAUUGGUUUUUCGAGAUAUUAACGAAAUGCACCUACGUGCACCAGAUGGUGAAGUGUUAGAAUUUUUAAUCCUUCAGACAUUCCCAUUUACAAGUGAAUCUAAAAGAAUGGGUAUAGUAGUGAAAGAUAAAGCUACUGGUGAAAUAAUGUUUUAUCAAAAGGGUGCAGAUGUUGUGAUGAGUAAAAUUGUACAAUAUAAUGAUUGGUUGGAUGAAGAAUGUGAUAAUAUGGCUAGGGAAGGAUUGAGAACACUAGUUAUUGCACGUAGGAAGUUGUCUGAAGAUACUUAUAAUGAAUUUCAAGAAAGGUUUACUGAAGCAAAAGUGAGCAUAACUGAUCGUAAAGCUCAAGAACAAUUAGUGGUUGUUUCACUUUUGGAACGAGAUCUAGAACUUUUAGGUGUAACUGGUGUAGAAGAUAAACUUCAAGAUGAUGUGAAAAAUACAUUAGAACUUUUGAGAAAUGCUGGGUUAAAAAUUUGGAUGUUAACUGGAGAUAAAAUUGAGACAGCUACUUGUAUCGCCGUUUCAUCAAAGCUAGUAUCGCGAAACCAAAUUAUACAUCAGAUAUCACGUGUGACUUCCCCAAAUGAAGCUGUGGAGGAAUUGGAAGUCUUACAAAUCAAAAAAGAUUGUUGUUUAGUGAUUGAUGGUGUAUCGAUUCAGUUUUAUAUGGAUCAUUAUAAAAAUGAAUUCAUUGAAGUAGCUGUACGCUUACCAGUUGUUGUAGCUUGUCGAUGCUCUCCCACUCAAAAGGCUGACAUUACGAAACUCAUUAUGCAAUUCACGGGGAAGCGAGUAUGCUGCAUAGGGGAUGGUGGUAAUGACGUUAGUAUGAUUCAAGCAGCACAUGUUGGAGUUGGAUUAGUCGGAAAAGAAGGAAAACAAGCUUCGUUAGCAGCAGAUUUUUCCAUAACACAAUUUAGUUACUUGACUAAAUUGUUAUUAUGGCAUGGUAGAAAUAGCUAUAAAAGAUCAGCAAAACUAGCUCAGUUUGUUAUUCAUCGUGGGUUAAUAAUAUCGGUCAUACAAGCAGUAUUUUCGGCAAUAUUCUUUUUUGCACCCAUUGCACUUUAUCAAGGAUUGUUGGUUGUGGGGUAUUCUACCAUUUAUACCAUGGCGCCGGUAUUCUCUCUGGUGUUGGAUAGGGAUGUGCAAGAAGAAACAGCAUUUAAAUUUCCGGAAUUAUAUAAAGAAUUGACCAAGGGACGUUCCUUAUCUCUGAAAACCUUCUUCCAAUGGUUAAUGAUUAGUGUUUACCAAGGUGGAGCUAUAAUGAUUAUGUCAAUUCUAUUAUUUGAGGAUGAAUUUGUGAAUAUUGUCGCUAUCUCAUUUACUGCUCUAAUUUUUAAUGAGUUGUUGAUGGUUGCACUGGAAAUCAAUACAUGGCAUUAUCUUAUGAUCGUAUCAGAAAUUGUAACAUUUGCCAUUUAUAUUGUUUCUAUGGCAUUCUUACCGGCUUAUUUUGAGUUCACUCAAAAUACAUUUUCUACAUCCUCUCGAUAUAAUGUAUUUGUAAAUGACAUAACAUUAUGUCCACCGCUAACACCUCGCACAUCGCUUCCAGCAAACGUACAUGAUCUACGCCCAGAUGAUAUUAAGGUGAUUAUGGCUUUAGGCGAUAGUGUUACCGCAGGAUUUCUAGCAAAUGCAGUCUGCGACGGAACUAAUAAUACAGCUGAUAAAUUAUAUGAGUAUCGUGGUAUUAGUUAUGCUAUGGGCGGUGAUGCUGGUGUUGUUAGCAUAGCAAAUUUUUUAAAACAUUAUUCCCCCGAAUUAAAAGGUGCUUCUCUUGGAUAUCAUCAUAUAGAAGUUUGUUUUGGUCCUAUUUGUCCGCCAAAGCAAUAUAAGCCAGAGCAAGACCAGUUGAAUGCUGCACAAUCCGGCUCAAUGGCCAAGAAUCUCAAUCAUGAAAUCGAAUAUUUAUUGAAUCAAUAUGAAAAAGUACCUGAAGAGUUAAAAAAUUCUUGGAAGUUUUUAAACGUAUUCAUCGGUCCGAAUGAUCUCUGCGUCAAAUGUCUAAAAAUUAUUCCAAAAAAUGAAAAAACAUUUGAAUAUUAUGUUUAUGAAGCAUUAGAAAAGAUUCGUACAAAAAUACCAAAUGUUAUUGUAAAUAUUGUUGGAAAUUUUAAUGCUUCUCAAAUUUUUAAUGUCACUCGUGGUCAAAAUAAGUAUUGUAAGAAACUCGGUGUAUUACCAAAUUUUGAAUGUGAAUGCGCCUUUAUUGAGGGUCCAGAGGGCGAUAAAAAACGCCAGAGCAUGGAUGAACUCUCACGAGAGCAUAAUGCUGCAAUUAAUAGGAUAGUACAAUAUUAUGCUGAACAUCCAAGUGAUACUUUUGCUGUGGUGUAUCAACCUUUCGAUUUAGACUUGAUGAGCUUUCCGAUUAAUGCUCUUAGUUGCGGUGAUUGCUUUCACCCAAGCUUGAAAUUACAUGAAUUCACGGCAAAAUUAUUGUGGAAUAGUUUCAUAAUCCCUUCAAAGUCUCGGUAUGGUCAUGUUAAAUGGGAUCCUUUGAAAAAAAUCAGGUGUUGGAAUGAUGAUGAUC